GACAGACUAUAAAUUCAAGUUACCUGGGCUGAAAGUGUGCUACUUCUGACAUCUCAGACUGCAGUUAUCAGCGGUGUCUCACUAAAGGGGUCCAACAUGCAAGCAAAUUCAGCAUUUCCAUACUUCACGCCUGGGCCAUCAAAUUCUAUGAAUGCUGUCACGCGCAUAUUUCAGGAUGUUGUUACUGACCGAGCUGUUGCCGUUGAAAUUGCCAACUACAGUUCAAGACAUGACCUUCACAGACCACAUUACCACACCUCCAGUGGCCACAACUUUAUUCCUCCUGCACCAACAAUAAGAAGAAAUAGCAAUGAUAUAUGUGCAUUCAUGAAGACGGCCGGCACAGCUUGUGGAAGUGUUGGUGUCCUGACUUAUCAGUUUGAUAAUCACACUAUCGCCAUUAUGUUUUCAAAUCCCUUUGACUACAAAAUGUAUAGUAUUUGGCAUGGAUUGGCGAUCUUUGAUGGAGUAAAGGUGGCAGAUAAUGAACUUUUCAAUCACAUGUACAAUGAUGAAGCCCACAACAUGAAAAGGCAGAAGGUCGACCAGUGUGGUGGCUGUUUGGAACUUAAUUGCAACGGCAUAUAUGUUAAGGCAACCAUGUCUUCCGCAGCUAAAGCUAUAAUGAAAGUAGAAGUCUGGGAUGUGUCUGCCUAAAAUGCAAGACAUUUAACCAACAACCAUUUAUACAAUGAAAUUUUGCUUUAUUUUGGUAGCUUACUUUUUACAUAUUAUUUAGCCAUGUUCAUUGUAAUAGCAUUUGAAAAUCAAAAUAUAUACAUUUUAUUGAACUACAAGUUACAAUAAUUUUAAUUCAUAUCAAUAUUUUAUGCAGUACACCUACAGUUUUUCUUCACAAUGUAGUUGCUUUGGAAUUAUUGGUUUAAUGAGAAAAGGACUGCUGAUUUACCAAUUUAACAUCUAAUAUAAAGUAUAUGAUAUACAUGGUUAGUAAUCAUUUUCUAAAAUUGUUUACUUUAAAAGUAUUUGAUGAUGUGAGUAGUGCAUUAUAUAUUCAAAUGUUUAAAUCAUAUGGUACAGAAAAAAAUAAAGUAUCUAAAUCUGUAAUUUU